AUGACAAGCCCAAGACGUUCUAAAAAUAGUGGAGCACAGUGUGCCGUGCAAGUGUCCGACUGGGAUUUAUCGUCUUCGGACACAGGUACCGUGAAAAGAAGAAGAUCUUCUUGUCCUGAAAAUUCAAGAAAACAAACCACAUCACAACAAGAAGCUAUAUUUGAAGUACAAACGCCUUCAGACUCCGGCAGUGGAACCUCACGGAGUAUAGACGACAAAUCAGAUUCACUUACUGAUGUGGAAGAAAGAAUAUCCUGCAUAAUAAAUGAGAACAGAUCUUCUAAAAGCAAUUCAGAGUCUAGCGACGUAGACAUUAUAAUAGAUAGCAUCUUUGGGAAUCCCAGCGAGAACUUAUUUGAUGCGGCGCAAAAUGAUUCACUCCUACGUGAUCGUAGCAAAACUUUUAUCAAACAAGAGACUUUGUCUAUUAACGAGAAACAUGAUAUUGCUCCUACCGAGGUUCCCGCCGACAAAAAGGUCAAAGACAGACGUCUUAAAACUCCCGCACCAAUAAAGAAACUAAAUAAAACUUUCGACUUAGUCAGAACAAUGGAUAAACCAAAGAUAAAUUUCUUUCAAAACAAAACUAACUUGCAAGAAGGUAAACCAUCGCCAUUACUCUCUUCGCCAGUGAGACGAACAAUAUCCAACGAGUAUGUGCGCUUAAAGUUCACUAACGACACUGUGAUAAGGCGAACUAUUGACGGUAAAUCCGUUCCAAAGAUAUCACCUAAGAUACAGUCCAUUAUACCCGAGAGUCCUAUUGAUACCGAAGAUCCCUUUUUAAACCUUAGUCCUAAUAAAAAAUACACAGUGACUGUGAAUAAUAAAGUGAGGUGCGACAAAGACAACUAUGUUAUUUUCGAUCCGAACACCGGAUUCGCGACGGACGGUUCGAGGCAAUCACGAAUUCCUUUGAAGUCGCCAACUGGUGACAAAUCCCGCAUCCCUCUGAAGUCUCCAGGCGGUGAAAAUUCCGGUGUAGUCCGUAAGUCGGCGAAUGUUAGUGACACAGACAGUGGUAUAUUGUCUCCGAAUUCUCCGGUAGAAACGAGUGAAAAGGGAUCGGCGUACUACGUGAACGCUGCGGCGUUCAGUGAGACGGCGAAGAAAUGUGCUAAUGACUUUGACAUCACUAUCUUGGAUCCAGAGCUGGCAAAAAAAGCCGCUGAGCAGAUUCAGUGUCCGGGAACCUCCCCGGACACUGAGAAACAUGCCCUCGGGCAUUAG